AUGUCGAUAGUCAACCACGAUCAUCUCGUCAGCGCGAUUGCACUGUUGCUCCUACUAAGUUCUUACUUCGAAAACGUGAUUUUUCUCAAAAUCAAUAUGUACACACUUGUCUAUUCCAACCAUAUCUUCUGCAGCGCUCCAUGUUCUCCAACUCAAAAGCCAAUGAGAAUGCGUCCUGCAAGAUGCAUCCAUGCCUUACCAGUCACCAUCCUCGUUUCGUUGCUACUGGUCUUUUGGUGGGCAUGGAAAUAUGAUCUUACUGUUGUCUACCUAAAUGGACUAUCGAACUCAAAUACCCCGGAAACUCUCAUGGUUGAUCCCUAUUUGGUGAAACCUUACUGGGCAAACACGAGUUUUCGGAGUUUACCGGAUCUCGAACAGCUCAACUGGCCAGCUACCGAAUAUUCUCCGGUCCCGGUGGCUAGAAUUGACAAGUUGACAGGCUCCAUGGAACCCCAUCCACGUGCAUUUCAGCCAGUGUUCAGCCGGGGUCAGCGAGCACUCGUUUCACGUCUAUUGGCUUUGUUCGCACAAGUCCUCAGUACCAACGGCCUUGGAGACCGGUUCAUCAUCAAUGCCGGAUCACUACACGGUUCACUUCGACAUCAUGAUAUUAUACCGUAUGAUGACGACGUCGAUGUGUGCAUGGAACUUUCUGUGCUGCCCAGAGUCAUUGAACUGUUUCGUGCUCAUGAGCCAGACUAUGUUCUCUACACUGAAAAGAGACGAGGAAAACUCUACACUCGACAAAUACCGCCAGAAUUGGAACAGACUGAUGCGGAGUACAGCCGAAACACUAGCAAGUAUCCAUGGUUCUGGCCCGCGGUGGAUAUUUGCUACUACACAAAUAAUAAAACACAUGUGUACGAAGUUGGCGCCAAUACCUGGAGACGUACCUGGCUGAUUUCCGAAUUUUAUCCAUUAUUGUUCCGCCCAUUUGGUCAUCGAUGGUAUCCAACCCCGUUCAAUCCCAUCCAGUACAUCCGAACGAUGGUUACACAGGAUCGAUUCUGUUUUCGUCCAGGAUAUUCUCACGUGUUUGAGACGAGUCUAAAGCUUCAGGCAACUCCGUGUCAAAAUCUUGGCAUGCGCUUUGCUUUUGUAGAACGUUCAAGAGUCAAUAACAGAUCAAUCACCUUUCCACCCCGUGCCAGUGAUCAUCUUAAACAACUCGUAAUCUGUGAGGAGCGCUUGAUUAUACAAUCACGAAUGAACCAAGCACCAACUGUCUUCCACACUUUGCAGCUGCCUGUUCAUCCAGAUUUGGCCAUGCUGGAUACUUAUGACUAUGGAAAAAACAAGGAGGGAUGA